AUGUUUGUGAAAAAACCUGGAUUAAACCGGGAAAACUUCAAUCAGACUAAGCGCAUAGAGAAUCAACAGGAAAACAUCAACGGAACUGUAAUGUCAAAAAUAGUCAGGAUUGUUGCUGUGCCGAAUAAGGAGAAAAGAAAUGUCAAGGAGGCGGCGGAAUUCUUUCUCAAGGAAGUCGUGAAAUAUAGCAAUCCAAAGGAAUGGUGUCUUCUGGCCUGGGUAAUACAAACCGGUGUCAACGCUGACACCAUAAAUAUCAAAAAGGAAAAACGCAUGUACUGCGGAGAUCAAAAAUUGCCGGUGCCAGAUAUAAUCGUGAAGAAUGCGUAUCUUCUCAUAAGAAAUCUUAACAGUAAUGAAUUGAAGAAGUACAAGUCCACUGAGCUGGCAUUGAGGCUAGGUUGGUGUUACUCUGACUGGAGUGGGACCCCAGUAAAAAAGUAUUGUCCACAAAUGAACUUAGUAAAUAUGAGGGAAGAGAAUGCUUGA